AAAUACCAUGAAAGGCGCUAAUAUCCAGUUAUGUUCGUAUUGUCUUGAGUUGCUGUGUUGUGUCUUAUUGACAGACAGAUCGCCUGUGAUAGUGGCACCACUUGCUACCUGCCCUCGCUUCAAACGGCGUCGGAUUGACUUAGUCUCGUACGUGCAGUGUAAUUAGGAGCACGAUGAACAGUACAGCGCGGUAUCGUGAACUCAAUCGAUAUUACAACCCACCAUCGAAAUGUAACAGCUUAGUUUCAAGAUGGGCCUCCGUUGCACGACCAUCACCAACCGCUGCCAUUAUGGACCUCAACAGAAUUCCGAGCACAACACAUGGUCAUGAGUUCCACAGCGGACUCAGCCGAGUUGUCAUGGUCAGAAAGACUGAGCAGAGGACGUUCGCGUCUGGGAAAAAUGGCGAGGAGCCAAAGUUUGAGACCGUCACACGUGAAACAGUGGAAACGUACCGAGGAAAUAAGCCAGACCGGGUGACAACAUCCGAAAAGCGCGAUGUCUUCCAGAAUUUGCCAGACGAGUUUCGGACUGUCUUGGAGAAAGAACAGAAUGGCACUACGAACAGUGUCAUGAGAGACAGAGUAGGAAAAGAGAAACCAAAGUCUAGAUCACCUAGCAUGUCACCAGAGAGAUCCACAACAGUGAAACAGAAAAGUGAAAGCAAAUUCAACUUAUCCAAGACAAAAUCAAAGCCAGAAAAUGACACAGUAGGUGCUGAAGGUGAUUUUGCAGCAGACUGUCUUAAGGCACACAAUGAGUACCGAGAGAAACAUGGAGUCCAGCCUCUAAAACUCAACAAAAAGUUGUGCAAGUACAGUGAAGAAUGGGCGAAACGACUUGCUUCAAGAGGACAUCUUGAGCAUCGUCAGAAUUCAGAUUAUGGGGAGAAUAUAUUUUGUAGUUGGUCUUCCAACCCAAGCUACCGUGUAACAGGCCGAGAACCUGUUGAUAACUGGUACAGUGAAAUAAAAGAUCAUCCAUUUGGUCGUGAACCUAGAACUCUCAAGUCUGGUCACUUCAGUCAGGUUGUUUGGCGGGACAGCAAAGAAAUUGGAGUUGCAGUUGCAAAAAGUCGUAAUGGACAAAUAUUUGUUGUGGCAAAUUAUUCUCCCCCAGGAAAUUUCAUUGGUAGUUUUGCUGAAAAUGUGCCGCCUCUUGGUGGAUUUGCUGCUUCAAGUCAGGGUAAAAACGGUGUAACAAAGAGAACUAAACCUGAGAAGAUGGCUGAUGAUGAUGCAAGCUCUGAUGAAGAAGAAUUUGCAAAAGAAGGUCUUCGAAUUCAUAAUGAGUACAGAAGAAAGCAUGGGGUACCUGACCUAAAACUCAGUAAAUCGCUCUGUAGUUAUGCAAAAGAGUGGGCUAAAACACUGGCACGGGAAGACAGAUUUGGUCAUCGACCUGAUGGAAAGUAUGGGGAGAACAUUUACUGUAUGUGGUCUUCAGAUCUUCAACAGAAAGUAACUGCUAAGGAUGCCUGCCAGAGUUGGUACAAAGAAAUCAAAGAUUUUACUUUUGGAGCAGAGCCACGUGUAUUGAAAUCAGGUCACUUUUCCCAAAUGAUUUGGAAAAAUAGCCAAGAACUUGGAAUGGGACUGGCUAGAAGCAAAAAUGGAAGAGUUUUGAUUGUUGCAAACUAUAACCCCAGGGGUAACUAUGUAGGGCAAUUUGCAGCCAAUGUUCCAAGGCCCCGCUGACAACAGUUGACUAUUCAUGCUUAACAUUCUUCAAAACAUCAGAAAUCCUCAAUUUUAUUAAUAUAAAAUAGGAGAACAUGAUUUUAUGCAAAUAAUUUUAUGAAAUGUGAUGUAUCAUCAUAUAGUCAUUUGUUUACCAAAUACAUUUAAGUAAUUCUUAAGGAAUGUUGACCAUGUAAUUAUAAGAACCUUGCAGAUGGUACAUUUGUGUUACUAUGGUUAGAAUCUAUUGUAGCUCAUCUUAGAAGUUGUACAAGAUAAGUGUGAUUUAUAAUGACAAUUUUAAGAGAAUGUGUUAUGUAAUGAAAUACAUGGAGUUUAUCUGAACAUGGAUUUUACUGGCUGGUUGUCAGUGGUCAGUUAUGGUUUCAACUGUAUCCCACUUUUCAGAUUAUUGAUAAUUUACAUGAAAACUGAAGUUUAUUCAUUUAUAUUACUGAAAUAACAGAAGAGGUAAGCAUUACAGAUGAUGCUUAAAAUAUGCAUAGUUUCUUGAAAUGUGCAGAUGGGUUUCACGUCUACUGCACCCGUAAUUUAUAGAAUUUAUAGGAUUAAUGAUUAUCACUGUCUUCUGGGAUGUGAUAUCAUAUAGUCUGGUAAACUGUUACCAUUGUUUUGGAGCAACCUGCUGCAUAUUUCUUCAAGGCAGUCAUCUACUCUGAAGAUGGAUGCAUCAGGUUCCUCUAAAACAUUUAUACUGAUGUACCAGACUACAUCAUGUCAGAUCCCUGAAGACAGUAGUCUUCACUUGAUUCCCUCAAGCGCACACAAAUUUUUCUUUCUUAACCUUACCUUUCCCCCCUACCAAAAAGUGUAGCAUGAAAAUUUUUUUAUUCAUUGACACAACUUUCUUGGUUUUACAUCCCCAAUUUAAAUUGUGUACUAUCUGGUGUAUAAUUCAUGCAAUAUGCAAGCCAGUAGGGCCUAAAAGCCACCCUCAGUGAUGAGAAAUUCCAUCCCCUCCUCAGUUCUAAAAGAUCAACGUUCUCAAAAUGUAGUCAAAAUUAAUGAAACAACAUUUUUGGACGUUGUGAUGAAGCCCUUCACUGGUGUUGUAAUUCUUAAAACACUUUUUAAUACAGUUUCAUGACAUAUUUAUAUUAUUGCCAAUUAAUGCUCACAAAAUGAUCAAAGAUUAGAAAAAUUAAUUCCCAUUUGGGAGGGGGGGGGAUAUUCAGAAAAUGUGGUGGCCCAAGUGGCUGUGUUGCUCUGCAAGCCCUGUAAGUAAAGGAGUUUUAUUCAGGACUACUGUAGAUUUGUAAGCAGAUAAAACUUAUGUAAGAUUUGAGGCUUUCACGGCGGUGACUAUGAAGAAAGCAGUCUUCUGGGAUUUGGCACCGUGUAUAUGUGGUGUUAACCGACGUUUCGGAGGAACGUAUCGUGAUACAGAUUCUAAAUACAAUUUUCUGCAUAACCUAUAUGAUUCUUAAUAAUGGAAUGACUCAUUAAUUGUAUAGCUCUGCCAUACAGUACUCAUUAUAAUUACUACCCUACACUGUUUUAUUUUGACAUGUACAUCUGAAGAUAAAACUUAGUUUUGCUUACUCCAUGUACAUGUCAAAAUAAAACAGUGUAGGGUAGUAAUUAUAAUGAGUACUGUAUGGCAGAGCUAUACAAUUAAUGAGUCAUUCCAUUAUUAAGAAUCAUAUAGGUUAUGCAGAAAAUUGUAUUUAGAAUCUGUAUCACGAUACGUUCCUCCGAAACGUCGGUUAACACCACAUAUACACGGUGCCAAAUCCCAGAAGACUGCUUUCUUCAUA